AUGGGUAUCAAAACUACUCCAGCUACCACAUCCUCAAACCCACACAUCUGCAUCAUCGGCUCUCUCAACAUCGACUUCGUUACCUCAACACCUCGCUGUCCCGGUCCAGGCGAAACACUAACCGCCACCUCCUUAACCGUAACAGCGGGAGGAAAGGGCGGGAACCAAGCCGUAGCAGCUGGACGCGCCUCAUUCAUCUCAAAGGGAGAGCAAGAUGUAUCCGUGAGCAUGAUCGGCGCUGUUGGAGCCGACGACGUCUACUAUAACACAUUACUCAAACCCGGACUCGAGAAUUCAGGUGUCAGUACCACAGACAUUGAAGAGUCAACGGAGGCACAAACAGGGUCCGCGAGUAUCAUUGUGGAAGAUGCAGCUGGCGGCGAGAAUCGCAUCUUGGUCGUUCCAGGUGCUAAUCACGCUGGAAUCAUGAAUGAUGUGACUCAGAUUGUGGCUGCUGUAAAAGCUCAGAAGAUCAGUCCUGCUGUUGUUGUAUUGCAGGGUGAGAUUCCCCGAAAGACGACUCUGGGAUUACUUGAGUACUUUAAUGGUGGUCUCUCAGCGAAAGAUCGAGUACAUGUGGCCUUUAAUCCUGCUCCUGUUUUUCCAGAGGGUAUCUCUCUUGCUGCGUUGAAGAAUACUUCUGUUUUGAUUAUGAAUGAGACAGAGGCGGUGCAGAUGUCUAGAUCUAUUGCUGGACUUCCGCUUUCUGGGGGCCAGAGUAGUGAGUUUGGUGAUUUACAGCCUGAAGACCUGGCUCCUCAGUUUCACGAGGUGGCGCAGGUUCAGAUUGUGCUGAUUACUCUUGGGGCUAAGGGUGUUUAUUUUUCGACUUGGAGUGGUCGCAAAGGAUGCGUGGGGGGGGUGAAAGUGGCCAAGGUUGUUGACACAACUGCUGCGGGUGAUACCUUUGUUGGGUAUUUCUCGACAGCUUUGGCGCGUUUUCUUGCUACCGGCGCUGAGCUGGAAGCCUUCGAUAGUGACAUUGAAGCUGCGGUGGAGAAGGCUAAUGCCGCUGCGGCCAAAUGUGUGCAGCGGAGGGGAGCGAUGCAAAGUAUUCCCUUUGCUUUUGAUAUGGAGUGA